AUGGUAAAUCAGCGCAAUGCUGAGGUGUUGAGGGAGAUUGGGGAAUCAAAUCAAGCUAUGGCCACUUCUGAUGCUAUAAAGCUUGCAAAAGAAGUUGAUUCUAGUGGUGAAAGAACAUUUGGAGUGGUAACAAAACUCGAUCUGAUGGACAAGGGAACCAAUGCCCUGGAUGUUCUUGAAGGGAGAUCAUACAGGCUUCAACAUCCCUGGUUUCAUAGUUCCUAUUAUAUGUGUCUCUCCAUUAAUUUGGUGCAGUUGGCAUUGGCUGCUUUGCGCAAGUCAAAUGAAGUUCAUGGUGUUUUUGACUUUGAGAGAUAUCUUGGGAGCAUCCUCUCUCACCAGCAUCCUGCACACACCAUCUCAGAGCUCACUGUUCCUCUGAAUGCCAUUGAUUUUUUGGCAAGUAAACUUGAGACCCCGACUGCUGCGGAUAUGAAGCGUGUUGACCGGAAGCUCAAAUCAUGUCGGGAUCCUGGCUCACAUGACAAUAGUAAGAAACGGAAGCACAGGUCCAGAGAGAGUUCAAACGCAAUGCAUAACAUGCCUUCAGCACUGUAUGUUCUGCCACAUAAUUUUGGUUCUCUUACGUCUUACAUAGUCUGGUGA